AUGGCUCUCCUCACUACCUUUCCAUAUAACACUGAAUUUCCACCAUUAAGCGACACCGAAUUCUACUACAGCUGGAACGAAAGUUGGGCCUCAGAGCCUUUCUAUAACAGUCACCAAAUCCAGCAGGUCAUGAAAAGGGUUUCCAUGGUAAUUUAUAGCAUCACCUUGGUGCUGGGCACCACAGGCAACGGCCUGGUCAUUUUCCACACCGGCUUCCGCAUGAAGAAGACAGUCACCACCAUAUGGUACCUCAACUUGGCCAUGGCAGAUUUCAUCUUUGCCCUUUCACUCUCCUCUGAGAUAGUUUACACAGCCCUUGAUUAUCACUGGAUUCUGGGGAGGCUGAUGUGCAAAUUUGACGCCAUGGUGACCUUCCUGAACAUGUUUGCCAGCAUCUUCUUCUUGACAGCCAUCAGCGCCGACCGCUGCAUUUCUGUGAUGUGCCCAGUCUGGGCCUUGAACCACCGCAAUCUCCGCCUUGCUUCCUUCAUGGCUGUGGGCAUUUGGGUGGCUGCCUUGGCCCUCAGUUUACCCUACCUGAGUUUCCGUGAUACAAAGCCCCUUCCAGAUGGCUUCGUUGAGUGCAUCUACAGCUUUGGUUCAGAGGAUGACGGAGAGCUCAGGACACAGCGGCAUUUUUCCGUAGUGAUGAUCGAAUUUACAGUCGGCUUUCUCAUCCCUUCCGCCAUCAUUUCGGCUUGCUAUUAUGCCAUUGUCAUCAAACUGAGGGGAAGCUGCUUUGGCCAUUUUGGUAGAUCCUUCAAGAUCAUAGCAGCUGUGGUCUUGGUGUUCUUCUGCAGCUGGUUCCCCUACCAUCUCUUCUCCAUUCUUGAAACUCUGGAAGACGACAGUCUUGGGAUGGAAAAAACCCUCAAUAUAGGAGCACCAUUGGCUCAUGGCCUUUUCUGCCUCAACAGUUGUCUCAACCCUCUUUUGUAUACCUUCGUUGGGACAGGCUGCAAAGCAACUAACAAUCAAUCCUUCUUGUCCUCUUUUAAAGGAGCUUUCAGUGAGAACUGGGUUCCACGUGCUUUUUCCAGCAGCAGAAAUUCCAGCAGCGCAGUGGAGUCCACCGUGGUCUGA